CGGAUCUAAACCCGUUCUUGCUCGAUGGUUCACUGUUUCUCUCUGGAUCUCCGCCAUGGCCGACGAGAUGGCGAGCUCGCAGUCGCAGUACCCAACCAUCGAUCCCGGGGAGUUCGACCUUGUGGUUUAUGGAACUGGGCUUCCUGAAUCUCUCCUCGCCGCCGCGGCGGCUGUGGCCGGGAAGACCGUGCUCCAUCUCGACUCCAACGCCAUCUAUGGCUCACUGUUUUCCUCUGUCCCUAUCUCCUCUUUGCCAUCUGUGUUUGAGGAUUCUCCCUUGUUUUCUGAGAUCGAGACGUUUGGAUCAGCUCCUGAGGCUUCGAGAGGGUUUUUGUUGGAUAUUCAUGGGCCUAGGGUUUUGUUUUGUGGGGAUCCGAUGGUGGAUCUGCUGAUCAAGUCGGGGGCGAGUCACCACGUCGAGUUCAAGAGUGUGGAUGGGAGUUUGAUCUUCUGGGAUGGUAGGUUGUGCCCGGUGCCGGAUUCUCGGCAGGGUAUAUUUAGGGAUCGGAGCUUGGGGCUUGCAGAGAAGAGCCAGAUGAUGAAGUUCCUGAAGCUGGUGAGGGAUCACAUUGGUCUGGAUGGGAAAGAGGGGGGUGAUGGCAGUGGUAGCAUUGCGGAAGAGGAUUUGGAGAUACCGUUUGUGGAUUUUCUCGAGAAGCAGCGACUUCCUCCCAAGAUUAAGUCAAUUAUUUUGUACGCGAUUACAUUCGCUGAUUAUGAUCAGGAUGGUGGCGAGUCCUGCAAGAAGCUCAUGAAGACGAAAGAGGGCAUAGAGAGUAUAGCUCUCUACAGCUCCUCCAUUGGGAGAUUUCCCAAUGCAAUGGGAGCAUUCAUUUAUCCAAUGUAUGGACAAGGAGAACUACCUCAAGCCUUUUGUCGUUGUGCUGCUGUUAAAGGUGCUCUUUAUGUACUUCGAAUGCCAGUUGUAUCCCUUCUCAUGGAUGAGCAAAAUAAACUGUGCAAAGGUGUUAGGUUGACUUCUGGCCAGGAAAUUCUUAGCAGUCAGUUAGUAAUGAACCCAUCCUUUGUGGUUCAAAAUUCAGAAUCACAUAUGCAAUCUGCGCGAGAAGGUUUGAAUUCUUCAAACCUUUUGGGGAAGGUUGCUAGAGGAAUCUGCAUAACCAACUGUUCUGUACAGCCGGAGUUAUCAAACAUUCUCCUUGUCUUCCCUCCCAGAUCUUUGCACUCUGAGCAAUUGGCCAGUGUUCGAGCACUUCAAUUGAGCAGUAAUGUAUCAGUAUGUCCUCAAGGAUACUUUGUGGUGUAUCUUUCUACUCUGUGUGAUGAUGCCAUUCUAGGAAAAGAAUGUCUUCAUGCAGCUAUUAAUGCUCUUUUCAGCUCAAGUAGUUCUGAGACAAGCACAUCCUCAAAUAAUGGAGAUCCAGAGCCUAAGCCAACUCUAUUAUGGAGUUGUGUUUACAUUCAAGAGAUCUCACAGGCAUCGUGUGAUGCUGCUCUAUGCUCGUGUCCUACACCUGAUGGGAAUCUGGAUUACCGGGAUAUAUUGGAAACGACAAAGAAGUUAUAUCACAGUAUGUACCCAGAUGAGGAAUUUUUCCCCGAGUCGGCUGCUUCUGUAAAUGCUGAAGACGAUGGCGCGUUGUCUGAUUAAGACUCAUCUGCAAAGUGGCAAACAGAUUGGAAAUUUUCUCAUAAUUGAUGGGAAACCUGCUCAGAUUGAUUAGCAUCCCAAUCCUUGAGUAGAAGUUUGUGACAAAUCAAUCCAACUGGUGCAUUUACCAUGGGCUUCAAAUUCUUCACUUCUCACUUGGAUACAAAGUCUUUUUAGCCGAGAAAAGUUUAAUACAUUUUAUCUUAAGAUCAUAAGUAUUGAAAAGAAGUGUAUUUGAUCUUCAUGUGACAUGUACAAUUACCUUCAGUUUGUGCUAUCUUUUCUAAGUUUCAGUGAUAAUAUAUUUUUCAUAAUGUACUGUGGAAAUAAAUGAAAAGGAUUGUUUUGGAUUUA